AACAGAGGGGGAGGGGAUCGACUAAUGGCAGUCAUAUUUUUGAAGGCGAAAUAAUGCACUAGGUCCUAAUAUUGAUUUCUGUCUCUCGAAAGCUAGUAGAUGUCAACCCCAACUGAUCCAUCGGUCGGAAUGUCCCAUCCUGGUCCGUCCCCAGGUGCUGGCUUGUCUCCAGGGCCCAUCCUGGGGCCCAGCCCUGGCCCAGGUCCGUCUCCAGGCUCUGUUCACAGCAUGAUGGGCCCUAGCCCAGGUCCUCCCAGUGUCCCCCACAGUAUACAGAGCCAGGGUGCUGGAGACUAUUCUCAGGAGAACAUGCAUCCCAUGCACAAGCCCUUGGACGGAAUGCAUGAGAAGGGAAUGGGAGAGGACAUGCACUAUGGUCAGAUGAAAGGUGUUGGGAUGAGAUCUCUUCACAGUGGCAUGGGUCCUCCACAGAGUCCAAUGGAUCAGCAUAGCCAAGGAUACUUGUCCCCUCACCCUUCCCCGAUGGGGCCUCUACCAGAACAUGUACCGAGCCCCAUGUCAGCAGGGGGACCUGCCACACCCCAGAUGCCCCAGGCCCAGUCAGGCCCUAUGAUGCAGAUGGACCCUCAGGGGAUGGGACAACAGGGCCGUGGCCACUCUGCCUUCAGCCCUGUCCAGCUGCAGCAGCUCCGGGCACAGAUCUUGGCUUACAAGAUCCUGGGCAGGGGACAGCCUCUACCUGAAAACCUGCAACUGGCCGUGCAGGGCAAGAGGAGCCUUCCCACGAUGCAGCAGCAGCCAGUCAACAGUGGCCCUUACAAUAGGCCUCCAGGCAUGCCGUUGCCCCAUGGAGGACCUGUGUCUGGCCCGUGUCCUACUCCGGCCAUGCAAACACAUGCUCCAAGUGCUGGUCCGAAGCCAUGGACCGAGGGUCAAGGCGCUGAGGCCCCCACUGGCCCCCAGAAGCUCCCAGUCCCUGCCCCAAGUGGCAGGCCCUCUCCCGUUCCUCUGCAGACCCCCACUGCCACCACCGCCCAGCCCACGCCCAGCACCUCCAUUACCCCUCAGCCCCAACCCCCAGCCCAGCAACCACAGCCUCAGCAACAGCAGGGCCCUGGCCAGUCCUCCCUCAUUAUCCAGCUUCAGCAGAAACAGAACCGCAUCACACCCAUUCAGAAGCCACAGGGCCUGGACCCCGUGGAACUCCUGCAGGAGCGAGAGUACAGGCUACAAGCCAGGAUUGCCCACAGAAUCCAGGAGCUGGAAAAUUUGCCUGGUUCAUUGCCACCUGACCUAAGAACUAAAGCAACAGUGGAGCUGAAGGCCUUGAGACUACUCAACUUCCAGCGCCAGCUGCGGCAGGAUGUGGUGGCCUGCAUGCGCAGGGACACCACGUUGGAGACGGCCCUCAACUCCAAGGCCUAUAAGCGUAGCAAGCGGCAGACGCUGCGCGAGGCCCGCAUGACAGAGAAGCUGGAGAAGCAGCAGAAGAUUGAGCAGGAGAGGAAACGCCGGCAGAAGCACCAGGAAUAUCUUAACAGCAUCCUUCAGCAUGCUAAGGACUUCAAGGAAUACCACAGGUCAAUCUCUGGAAAGAUUCAGAAGCUGUCCAAGGCAGUUGCAACCUGGCAUACCAACACAGAGAGGGAGCAAAAGAAGGAAACUGAGAGGAUCGAGAAAGAGAGAAUGAGGAGGCUAAUGGCUGAAGAUGAAGAGGGCUACAGGAAGCUCAUUGACCAGAAGAAAGACAAGCGUCUGGCUUACCUGCUGCAGCAGACUGAUGAGUAUGUAGCCAACCUCACCACUCUGGUCUAUGAGCACAAGGCAGCCCAGGCUGCCAAGGAGAAGAAGAAGAGGAGAAAGAAGAAGAAGAAGGAAGAUGGAGACACUGAAGGGCUUGGGGCAAUUGGACCUGAUGGAGAGCCCAUAGAUGAGAGCAGUCAGAUGAGCGAGCUCCCAGUCAAGGUCAUUCAGACAGAGACGGGGAAGGUGCUUCAGGGCACGGACGCCCCCAAGUCCAGCCAGCUGGAGGCCUGGCUUGAGAUGAAUCCUGGCUACGAAGUGGCACCGCGAUCAGACAGUGAAGAAAGCGGCUCUGAGUUUGAAGAAGAGGAUGAAGAGGAGGUGGUCUCCCGAGCCGAAUCGGAAGAAAAGAAAAUCAUCGAUCCCAACAGUGACGAGGUUUCUGAAAAGGCUGCCAAGCACAUCAUAGAGUCAGCCAAGCAGGAUGUAGACGAUGAGUACAGCGUCCAGGCAGGACAGACCAGCUUGCAGUCCUACUACGGAGUAGCCCACGCUGUCACUGAGAAAGUGGAAAAGCAGUCGUCCCUCCUAGUCAAUGGGACGCUCAAGCAGUACCAGAUUCAGGGACUGGAGUGGAUGGUGUCCCUGUACAACAACAACCUGAAUGGCAUCCUGGCUGACGAGAUGGGUCUGGGCAAGACCAUCCAGACCAUCGCCCUCAUCACCUACCUGAUGGAACUGAAGAGGCUGAAUGGCCCUUAUCUGAUCAUCGUGCCGCUCUCGACUUUGUCCAACUGGGUUUAUGAACUUGACAAGUGGGCACCAUCCAUUGGUAAAAUUGCUUACAAGGGCACACCGUCCAUGCGCAGGUCUCUGGUGGCGCCGUUGCGCAGCGGGAAAUUCAACGUGCUGCUCACCACUUACGAGUACAUCAUCAAAGACAAGCACAUCCUCGCCAAGAUCCGCUGGAAGUACAUGAUUGUGGAUGAAGGGCACCGCAUGAAGAACCACCACUGCAAGCUGACGCAGGUGCUGAACACGCACUACGUGGCGCCGCGCAGGCUGCUGCUCACUGGCACGCCCCUGCAGAACAAGCUGCCCGAACUGUGGGCCCUGCUCAACUUCCUGCUGCCCACCAUCUUCAAGAGCUGCAGCACCUUCGAGCAGUGGUUCAACGCCCCCUUCGCCAUGACUGGGGAGAGGGUGGAUCUGAAUGAGGAGGAGACCAUCCUGAUCAUCCGCCGUCUUCACAAGGUGCUCCGCCCCUUCUUGCUGCGCAGACUGAAGAAGGAGGUGGAGUCUCAGCUGCCUGAGAAGGUGGAGUAUGUGAUCAAAUGCGACAUGUCUGCUAUCCAGAAGGUCCUUUACAGACACAUGCAAGGCAAAGGCAUCCUGCUUACGGAUGGCUCAGAGAAAGACAAGAAGGGAAAAGGUGGAGCAAAGACCCUGAUGAACACCAUCAUGCAGCUGAAGAAGAUCUGCAAUCACCCUUACAUGUUCCAACACAUCGAGGAGUCAUUUGCUGAGCACUUGGGCUACCCAAAUGGCAUUAUCCAGGGGCCUGACCUGUACCGUGCUUCAGGGAAGUUUGAGCUCCUGGACCGAAUCCUGCCAAAGCUGCAGUCCACCCGUCACCGAGUCUUGCUCUUUUGUCAGAUGACAUCCCUGAUGACCAUCAUGGAGGACUACUUUGCCUACCGCAAUUUUCUGUACCUGCGACUAGAUGGCACGACCAAGUCAGAGGACCGUGCCACGCUGCUGAAGAAGUUUAACGAGGAAGGCUCGCAGUACUUCAUCUUCCUCCUAAGCACCAGGGCGGGUGGCCUGGGCCUCAACCUGCAGGCCGCAGACACCGUCGUCAUCUUCGACAGUGACUGGAACCCCCACCAGGACCUGCAGGCCCAGGACCGUGCCCACCGCAUCGGGCAGCAGAACGAGGUGCGCGUUCUACGUUUGUGCACGGUGAACAGCGUGGAGGAGAAGAUCCUGGCUGCUGCCAAGUACAAGCUCAAUGUGGACCAGAAGGUCAUCCAGGCGGGCAUGUUCGACCAGAAGUCGUCCAGCCACGAGCGGCGUGCCUUCCUGCAGGCCAUCCUGGAGCACGAGGAGCAGAACGAGGAAGAAGACGAAGUGCCAGACGAUGAGACUCUAAAUCAAAUGAUUGCCCGCAACGAGGAGGAGUUUGAACUUUUUAUGCGCAUGGACCUAGACCGGCGCCGCGAGGACGCACGCAACCCGAAGCGCCGCCCACGCCUGAUGGAGGAGGAUGAGCUGCCGGCCUGGAUCAUCAAAGACGACGCCGAGGUGGAGCGGCUCACCUGCGAGGAAGAGGAGGAGAAGAUCUUUGGCCGUGGCUCCCGCCACCGCCGCGACGUGGACUACAGCGACACGCUGACGGAGAAACAGUGGCUGCGGGCCAUCGAGGACGGCAACCUGGAGGAGAUGGAGGAGGAGAUCCGGCUGAAGAAGCGCAAGCGCCGGAGGCAUGUGGACAAAGGCAGUCGCCGCGACGACAGUGAGAAGGCCAAGAAAAGGAGGGGGCGUCCCCCGGCCGAGAAGCUCUCGCCCAACCCCCCAAAACUCACUAAGCAGAUGAGCGCCAUCGUCGACACUGUCAUAAACUACCGAGACGGGUCUAGCCGCCAGCUUAGUGAGGUCUUUGUGCAACUGCCCUCUAGGAAAGAGCUCCCUGAGUACUAUGAGCUGAUAAGGAAGCCCGUGGACUUCAAGAAGAUCAAGGAGAGAGUGCGUAACCAUAAGUACAGGAGCCUGGGCGAUUUGGAGAAGGACGUUAUGCUCCUUUGUCACAACGCUCAAACCUACAAUCUGGAAGGUUCCCAGAUCUACGAGGACUCCAUCGUGCUGCAGUCUGUCUUCAAAAGCGCCAGGCAGAAGAUCGCUAAAGAAGAGAGUGAGGACGACAGCAACGACGAGGACGACGACGAAGACGAAGAAUCGGAGACCGAAUCCAAGUCAGUAAAGGUGAGGAUCAGGCUAGGCAGGCGUGAGGAGCGCGGCCAGGACAAGAGCAGGAAGCGGCCGAGCCGCGCAAAGGCCAAGCCCGUGGUCAGCGACGACGACAGCGACGAGGAACCUGAGGAGAACUUAACGAGGAAAACGAGCAGUCCGAAGGCAGCCACACCGAUGACGAGUGACAGCGACAAGACCAGCUAAACAAGCGGCCCGUUCCUGCAUCUCUUUCCAUCGUUCUUUCCUUUUCUAUUCUUUUUUUUGGCAGCAUUGUCUCCACUGGGCUCUGUCUGCUCCACGACCACCUGGUUCAAGUAGGGGUCAUUGACGGAAGAGUUUUUGUUUUAGUUUAGUUUAGUUUUUUUCCCUCACAUGCUUCGUCUGGGUCUGCUUCUCGGACUGUUUGACAAAUGCAGCAGGCGCUUGAUUCGCGCUGGGGUUACACCGAUUCUGUGUGCUAAUGUAUUUUACCCAUAUGCAAUCUUUUACAUAUUUUACUCAAACAGAAAUACACAUUUAUGCGUGGGUUGAGAGGGGGUGAAAAAAAUGCUUCAUAUUUCAUGAAUAAGCUAUCAAGAAAAAAAAAGAUUUUUAUCAGAAGGUUUUUAUCUAAUAUUCUAGAUGCACAUGGUCAAACCAAGGUCUUUGUAUUUCAUAUAUACUCUCAUUUCACUUUAAGUGAAGCUCAUGCCCUUAAAAUAAAUAAACUCAUAUAUUGUUGUUACUGUCAGUGACACUUAGCAAAGAUUUAAAAACUGAAGGGACAUCUUGGUAA